UGAUAACAAUAUACCUUUGACAGGACACCUGUAACAACUCUAAUCCAGAGCAUAAUGAGUACAUAAAUACAUCUUAGUGGCUGUAAUAAUAUUCAGGGUUUAUUCUUAUUUCUAGAACACGAUUGGAAGCCUGUGAGUAGUGCGCCAGUUGGUGUAUGAGUCAUUUAUAGAAACCCAGACUAUAACAGUAUAAAUUAAGCUUGACCAACACAGGAUGAUUAGAUGCUGCUUUGGUGCUCACCUUCUAUUCUAGGUAUUUGACCCGUAUAAAGAAUUACAGAGAUAAAUCUAUUAUCCUUAUUGGGAGUUUGUUAAGACUUCAGUUGUCAUAAUCGUAUAUCUUAUUGUGUGGGAGAGGUGGUGAUAACAGAGGCCAGAAGGGCUAAAGCUUGAAAUAAAACGUAUAUGCUUCAACAUAUUAUCAUUAUAGUGACUUCCAGAAAGUAAUAACGUGUUAAGUGUCGACUUGAAACCAUGAAUUAUAAUGUAGAGCUGCUGUGAUCCUUUUUUUUCUAUGAACCAAAGAAGGAACGAUGGACAGACGUCAUCAUCAUCAUCAUCAUCGUUGUCAUCAUCAUCAUCGUCAUCAUCAUCAUCAUCAUCAUCAUCAUUUCUCUCAAGUGUCAAAAGUGUUAGAGCUUGAAAGAUUUUUUUUCACGUAUUUAUUUAAAUUUCUUUUUAAAUAGCAUUUUGUGUUUUGCUCUACUCCCAUUGUUAUUGAGGCGUUUUGGAUCAAUGAUGGUUAGACAGUUGUAUGACUUAACACAAUAAAAGCUGUCUCUCUCUCCCCCUCUCUAUAUUUCUCCCCCCCCCCCCCCGUCUCUCUCUCACUCUCUCUCUCUCUCAGCAUCCUCAGAGUACACCGACAGGUGCUCGCACUUCUUCAGCGAUGCGGCCCCCUCUCCAACUAUUUACUACAGUGGACUGUCCUUUAGAAAUAGCCAUAUACCUACCUAUAUAUAUACAUUUUAUAUUUGCAUAAUAUUGUUCUUCUUCAAGGAGAUCAACGUACAAGGAGCGCACUGUGCCUUUACGCAUGGAAGUUGGAAUCAGCCUAAGUCCAUUUACGCAUGGCAGUGUGUCGCCUCUCCGGGAGAUGCGUCCGGGCUUGUGAGAGCUUCUCGGGGCGUCAAGCGCGGCGCACGAAGUGAGCAACGAUGCGGGGCACUGAGCUGCUGCUCGGGUACUUUCUAGUGAAAGUGAUGGUGUGCAACGCCGAGGGAGAGCCGGGUCAGACCGUGGACCACUUCUUGCUGGUGACCGGGUUCAACGACUCGGAGGAAGGCGAGAGCGGGGUCACGGAGAGCCCGCAUGUGGAGGACCGGUGCCGCGGCUACUACGACGUGAUGGGCCAGUGGGAUCCGCCGUUCGUGUGCCGGACGGGCAGCUACCUGUACUGCUGCGGCACCUGUGGCUUCCGGUUCUGUUGCGCGUUUAGAAGCUCGCGACUGGACCAGACCACCUGUAAGAACUACGACACGCCGCCGUGGAUGAUGACGGGAAGACCCCCGCCGAAAGUGGACGUUACGCAGGAAGCCGCGAAGGAUAAAACCAACCUCAUCGUGUACGUGAUAUGCGGGGUCGUGGCCAUAAUGGCACUGAUUGGGAUUUUCACCAAGCUCGGUUUGGAGAAGACGCACCGGCCGCACCGAGAAAACAUGUCACGAGCUCUCGCACACGUUAUCCGCCAUCCUGCCUCAGAACAUACGGACGACAUUGGACUUGGCCAUCACUACGAGAACAUGCAGACCAGACUCACAGUGAACAGUCUCCACAGCAGCCAGAUGAACAACGUGGCUCAGGCUUCGACGUUGAUAACACAGCCUUACCCCGCUGUGGGACACAUAACCAGCCCCUAUGAACUACAGCAGCCUGUCAAGGAUCUCAACCAGUAUGCCACGCUGAAGGCUGUGGCAGAGAAAGCCAAUGACAGCUUCUACAGCCACCGGCAGCAAGCGAUGGAGAUGACAACCAAGGGAAGUCUUCCCAUGGAAGCGAUGGAUAUGGAGCCGGAGCCCAGUAACCCGUACAGCCCGCCCAGACAGGCCAAGCAGAACUCACGCAAGUACCGGACCCCCAAGAGCCACAGCUCCCAGUCGCAGUCCUACGGCUCCAACGCCGCUGCCGGCUCGGGGAUGCUAAGAUCCUGGGAGAGCGGGAACAUGCCGGGACUCCGACAGAGCUACGGCCCAAAGAAACUCUGCUUCAUCGAGAAGGAGCUGCACCCCCCCCGCUACAUGCCUCCUCAGCCGUACUUUGUCACCAACAGCAAGACAGAAGUGACAGUAUGAGGGACUUCCUGCAUCGGGGGGGAAACAAGUAGCUGAUGAGUGUUGAAUUGAAAUCAGCAUGGACUAUUUAGUGUGUGCAGUUUUUGCAUGUGAUGGGCAGCAUUAAAGAUGCACAGUUAAAAAAAAAAGGUGAAGUGUACUGUUACGGGACUCGGUAUCAAUCACAGUGAUGAAUAUGUUGUCAGCGAUAUUCAUAUAAUCCAACUCCUAAAAACACAAAAGUUACAUAACUCACUUAUAACUGACGUGUGACACAUGCAAUGCUAUUGUCAGUAUAUGCUGAGAUAUUAAUGGACAUUUAAAUAUAUUAUGUCAUUUUCAAAUCAAUCAACAUUGUGUAAAUGACACAUUUUAUUCCCGUAUACAACUAAAGUGAUUUCACGAUUACAUUUCAAGGGAAACAUAUUCACUCCUGGAUAAUGUUUGCGGUUAUAAACACAUGGUUAACUUUGGAAAUUAAAAACAAAAACGCAACGAAACUACUUGGGUAUGUUUAGUGAAACGGCAUUUUUGGGCUUAGAAUUACUACAUUUGUCACAUUAUUUAAGUUACGGGCGGAUUAAAACAAGUCAACAUUCACUUUUAGUUUCACUCAGGACAUGAACAUUGUGUUUCUGGGUGAAAGUCCUUUGUUUGACCCGGACACAGACUCCAGCUGACAAUGAUCAGAACCGCAUUUGUCAAUAAUUGUCAUAAUUGCCAAUGUUGAGCAGUCGUAUGGGAACAUAAGGGCAGAUUCAUCCUGGUUGAGAGCCCUGUGGUUAACUGGUUAUUGAUGCUCUACUGGAUGAUGUAUAGAUGCUGUGAUACUGAACAUGUCUGACCCUGCUAGGUGGUGGAACAAGUGCAGUGUCUAGAGAUAAUACAGUUUAGAAAUGACCUAAAUAGCCCAAAUGCCUACUAUUUAGUUAAACAUGGAAGAUCAAAUAGUUCUCAGUAAAUCAAACAAGUUCAUUAGGAAGAACACAGCAACUUUUCACUGGAGUACUGAGGUGUUGAGAGCACAUGACUUUGUUAAAGCUUUUUUUGUUAAAGCUUUUUGGGCGAAAAAUGAAUGAAUCCCAAAGCUCUCAAAAAUCAUCGAACCUGAAAACAUUGCUUACAUGUGUAUUGUCAGUAAAAAUGUUUAAAGUCCAACUUAAAAACAUCAGCGAUAUCAGUCGGUCAUAAACAAUUUAGAUGCCCAAAGUAUGAAUUGUAUUCGUCUGAGAAAAAUUCAAGUUUUUUUCACACAAUGCUGGACAUCCAGAGCAAUUCAUCAGCUAAGUUUAAAAAUCCAUAUUUCUGACAAAAUGAAACAAUCUGUAAAAAAUAUUGACCCUAAUGACUACAAAAUAAAUAAAUGUAAUUGAAUGUAAUGUCA